AUGUUCUACUCUCACCAGCUCCUUGCUCGCAAAGCUCCGCUUGGCCAAAUAUGGAUGGCGGCCACUCUGCACUCGAAGAUCAACCGGAAAAAGCUUAGUAAACUCAAUAUUAUUAAGAUCUGUGAACAAAUCUUAAAUCCAUCGGUCCCAAUGGCUCUGAGACUCUCUGGAAUUCUCAUGGGUGGAGUAGUUAUUGUUUACGAACGCAAAGUGAAACUGCUUUAUGAUGAUGUGACUCGUCUCAUGGUGCAAAUCAAUGAAGCUUGGAAGGUGAAAUCAGCAGCUCCUGAUCCUACGUUGCUUCCCAAGAGUAAAUUGCAAGCCAAGUAUGAAGCUGUUACCCUGCCAGAAAACCGGGAGGAAGAACUCCCAGAGAUUGAACAGACUCUACGAAAUUCGGAAACUGUCACAAUGAUGGGUUUCGAACAAACCUCCUAUUUCGCGAUGAGACUAGAUAAUGUAGACCUCUAUGAUAAACCCAAUGCACAGGAAGAACCUGCCCAGGACUUUCAUCAAGUUUUCUCUUGUUGUGCUUAUCUCUACACACACCCGAAAACCCUUGUUGCAGUUGCUGCUGAUAAUAUCACCCUGGCUGAACAUUUUGAUUCCCAUCAGGCAGAUAUAGAUAUGUUUAAUCAUUUUGAGAGGUUUGAUAUUGAAGGGGAUGAAGAAACACAAAUGAAUUUUACCCAGCCAGAGGAAUCUCAAAUCCCAAGUACUCUUGUGCCAUCUCCACCUCGACAAGAAGCCCGUCAACCUAAUGAGAUCCCUGACAGACAUCCAGAGGAGCAAAUGAAGCAGCAAUCUGAAGCUGAAGAAGUUUUUGAGCAACGGCAGGACCAACAAAGGCCAAAGCCAGCUCGACAAAGAGCAAGAAAAUUAGCGCAUCUUGCAAUUGACUAUGAACAAACUAUUAUUCCUGGUCACAUAUAUCAUACCUGGCUUCAGGGUUCUUCAGAUAUUGUAUCAGGAACAAGGAAAAAGAGAAAGACUUUGAGUGCCUCAUCGUCUAUGAAGAUUGCCAGACUCAUGGAGGUGCCUCCUAUGGCAUUACUAGAAGGGUUGCUCACAAAUGGAAAUAGGGAAGUUCACUAUCCAGCACCACUCCUAAAAUUGUGGAUGAGAAGAAAGGCCUCUCCACCUUAUCCUCCUGAACCAUCCUACACAUCUCCAGCUGAAAGGAUGCACAAUUUUGAACCUGCCAGAUACCCUUUCGAAGAGUUGCAAACUGGUGUAGGUUCCCCAUCAGUAGGGAUCUCCAUAGAGAAACAAAGGGCAUAUGUCAAUAAUAACGAGAUUCCACCUGAUCUCAUGGAGGACCUCAGAACCAAUCUUACAAACCUCGGACUGCAUCCAAAAGAGGUUAAUGGAGUGAAUGAGACCAAUCACAUGGCCACACCUGGCUCUGGUGAUGAGCCUAGAUCCAUUCCAAGCUCAGGAUCUGAUCAUGGUUACCUAUCACAGAACUCCAUAACCAAUUCAAACCGGUCCAACAAGAAAAGACCCAAUUCUUCAUCGAGGCACGGUGCAAGUGGCCUUGAACCAGUAGCAGAAGAGUACCAAUGGCACCAUCCUGAUCCAACUUUCAAGAUUGCUAGACUAUCUGAACUAUCAGAGAAUGGUUAUACACCAGACAAUGAGAUGUUGAUGGAAACUGGACCAACACAAACCCAACAUCAAUUCACUACUCAACCUCUUGACAAGAUGACUGACACUAUCAGGAUGCAGCUGAAGAGUCACUUUGACACUCCUGGAUCAGCCAAAGCAGAAUGUUUGAAUGAACUGACUCUUGGGAUGACAAAGAAACAAGCAGCUUGUCUCUUUUAUCAGACUUGUGUUCUGGCCACUCGAGACUUUAUAAAAGUCGAACAGGAGGCACCAUAUGGGGACAUUCUCAUUUCAAGAGGUGCAAAGAUGUGACAACUGAUAACUUGCGAAGAUGCCAAGCCCUCAGUCUUCUAGGUCUAUCUUAGUGUUAUAGCUGAUGCAAUUUUUACUUUAGGUUAAGGUAUU